UUUGUACAUGAAAAUAGUUCUGUCAAUUUCAGCCUGAUUUUGUUGGGUUUAGAUUUUUUGCACCAACAAACACUAGCACGAGACACGAACAUAAAAUUAACUGGGCUUUCGACGCCAUCUUGUUAAGCUGGUUAAUAUUGGAAAAAUAUUGCGGCUUUUUAAAAAUAUAUAAAAAUAAUUACAAUAAUAAAUACCUUUUAACCACAAAGUAUAUAUUCUGUGCUUUUAACUCGAAGAUGAGACGUUCUAAGGCACCAUCUGUUUUAAAUAAAGCAAAACGUGUGAGUGAUUCCAAUGAUUACAGUAAUGAGACUGAAGUAGGUGGCCAUGAUUCAGAUCCCGAGGAUGAACAAUAUAACUGGGGUUCUCGUACUCAUAAUGGUGAAAUUAAACCCAACAGAUUUGAAAACAAACGAAUUUUUAAUAUAGUAUGGCGUGAUAUAUCUACUAAAAAACAUAAAACUUGGAAAGGAGAUGGAACGCUGGAGGUAAAUAAUUUGAUAGUAAAGGCCAUUUUGAAAGAUGAAACAGGCAAAUACUUGGGAUGUUCAACAAAAUUUAACAAAAACGACAUAGCUCCAGACUUUCAGAUGGUAAUCGGAGGCAAAGAAAUUGAAAUACAAAAUGAAAUCACGGAAGAAGACGAAUUGCAUGAACUUCGUAAGAGACAAGUUCUAAAUCGAAACUGGGGUGAGGAGUGGAUAUCUCCUAAAGAGCUGACUGAGGAAGAUAAGAAACCGAAAGGAAGUUUUAAAUUUAAACCUAUUUUAAUGUUAAAGCCUCCAGAAGUACCCUUAAGUGUCAAUUUAAAAUCCAACUGGGAAACGAAAGAAACGCAAAAACAAAAUACUUCUUUCGGUAUCAACAAAUCUGACAUUUGUUCAUCUAGCCAAAUUAAUUUAAAAACUCCUCCAAGUACUGGUUUAUGUAGAGAAUUUAUUUGCUUUGUAAGACCCUCUGAAUUGCAACAAUUCCUUCUUCUAAAGGCAGUAGAAUACUAUACCUCGGUAAAAUCUUGUUUAACUCUGGAAAAAAUACAAUCACUUGAUAUAGAUCACAUUCUAAAACACAUUUGCAACCAUCCUUCAUUUAUCAACCAUAAAUCUACCACAAAUGAAUUAAUGCGCUAUCUAAUACCCACCUUACCCGAUUGGUCCGAAAUGGGUCCUUUUGAUUCGGGUAAAUUGGAAUUUGUCCAGUAUUUUUUAUCCGAUUUAACAAAGUUUAAGCCUCAACAUUGCAUAAUUCUUGCAAUAAAUUCAAAUGUCUUAAAUAUGCUACAAGGUUUAUGUGAUUUCAUGAAUAUAAAGUGUUUACGGUUAAAUACAAAUCUCUCCAAAGACGACAAAUCACGAGUUAUAGAUGAAUUUUGUUCAUCAGAAAAGGACUUAACUCAAGUUUUACUAGUAAAUUCUCAAGAAGUAAUGAAAACUUUUGAUUUGUCUACUUACUGCAACAAACUUAUAAUUUUUGAGGAAUUUUCCAAAAAUAUUAACAUAUCAAAUUUACUGCAUAAAUACAAAGAAAUGAGUGUAUAUUAUUUGGUCACUGCAUUUUCUAUUGAAGAAUUAUUACUGCUUGAUACAUAUAAUAACAAUAAUAGAGAAAACUUGUUGGAACUAAUAGAUGAAUUGGUUAAUAUAUCAAAUAUGGACAAUGAUUGCUGUUAUCUACAUUCGAAAAUUGAAUGUAACUGCUUUGAAAGUACUGAUGAAUGUGUUAAUGCUAAUAAUAUAUUCAUAAAGAAUUGGCAACAUUUUAAAAUUCCAUUUGAUGUGCAACUUUUAAAGAUUUCUUCUUUGGAAAACUCGGCGGAAAAUAUUGUUUCAAUUUUUUGUAGAAAUCUUCAUUUAUAAUAAAAAUAAUUAAACUU